CCAUAUUUCAAGGUACAUGAAGAACUGAUUUGACAUGAUGUGACCAUUCAGGUUCAAGAGAACGCACCUCAAAGAGUGUGCGGCGUUUCGCCACGUCUCGACGUUGGGAAGUUAGUUAGGCCAUGGCACGACCAGGACGACUGUUGUUGUUGGCUGGUGCGCUGUUGAGCGGCAUUUCAUGGUGCUUCUUGUGCAGCCCGGAGAAGUUGCCCAAAGCUCGUGGCUUUGACUUCAACCCGGCGGUGGCGGCCUCCGCAGCUCUGCCAGCCUUGACGAUGCUAGCAGAGGAUGCGGAAGCAAAAUAUGGGGACAACCGCAAGUGGUCUGCGGUCUUGGUGCCCUUGACCACCCUGGUAUUCCCAAUGGUGGGUUUCGGCUCCUUCGUCCUCUACUCCUUCCAGGAAGAUGCCUUCUGGCGCCUGGUGCCCGGGACCAAGCGCGCCAAGGAAGCUGAGGAGGCCUGGAGAGAGCAUCCCUUGUUCGCCAAUGCCAAGGAUCCUAUGAAUGGCCUGCUGAACCCUGAUGACUACGAGAAGGGCUUGGAGGAAGCCUGGGAACGUGCGAAGCCAGCAGGCAGCACGGUGACGGUGAAGGACAAGCUGGCGAAGCUCUCCAAGCAGAAUGCCCCACACUGGGAGACCUGGAAGAGCCUGUCAGCCUGAGAGAUCGAGAUUGACUGUUGAAUGGGUCUGUGUUUUUGGAAGAAAAAGAGCCUAGAGUUUUGUGAAUUGCGACUUGGGGAAUGAAGGUAUGAAGAUGUGCAAGAUGAGAAUGUUUGAUG